CAAGAAGGGCGUUCGUUCAUGUUUGAUUGGAGAGUUCGAUGCUUGGCUAACGUAAAUCGAGAUUAGUGAGUUCGGGUCCGUUGAAUCUUUAAAAACCAAAUCACAUAUCGGUAAACAGUGUCUUUAUCAGCGGUAUGAGUUGAUGUUCCGAUCGAAUACAGCAGACAUGGUAGAGCCCACAGCACACUCGUUUUCAUCCCUGAAGGAGGAGCUGGAGUUUUGGAAAGAGCAAGCACAAAAACACCAGCAAAGGGCGGAUGAGGCUCAGGAAGAGCUGCAGGAAUUCCAGCAGAUGAGUCGAGACUAUGAAGCAGAGCUGGAGACAGAGUUAAAGCAAUGCGAGGGUCGAAACAAAGAACUGCUGCUGGACAACAACAGACUUCGAAUGGAGCUAGAAAACACGAAGGAGAAAUUGGAGUUACAGCAUUCAGAAGCCUUCAGACACAUCUCAACACUAGAGGAAGAUCUGGCAGAAACCAAGGCGGUUAGAGACCAUCUGCAGAAGUACAUCAGAGAGUUAGAGCAGUCUAAUGAUGACCUUGAGAGGACGAAAAGGGCUACUAUCAUGUCUCUGGAGGACUUUGAGCAACGCAUGAACCAGGUCAUCGAGAGGAACGCCUUUCUGGAAAGUGAGCUGGAUGAGAAGGAGAACCUGCUGGAGUCUGUUCAGAGGCUCAAAGAUGAAGCCAGAGAUCUUCGUCAGGAGCUGGCCGUACGUCAGAAGGAGAGACGACCGUCCAGCAGCCUGGGCAAAGACUCUGAUCGCUCAGAAAUUCGCUGCUCCUCCCCUCCCAUCCCCAUCACACCGUCCAAACCUGCGGGCUCAUACAUGACGCCACCUGCCUCCAGCAUCCGCAGGGGAGACGGCCUAACAGGAACACCUCUGACUACAUCUGCUAGGAUAUCUGCGCUGAACAUCGUCGGGGAGCUGCUAAGAAAAGUUGGGAAUCUGGAGUCUAAACUGGCGUCAUGUCGAGAAUUUGUCUACGACACAUCUGUCAGCAGACCGGCGCUCCCUGCUGGCCCGUGUAGUCCUUCAGGCUUAGACCCUGGUCCUGAGGCCCCAGCAAGCAGCUUCAGUCCUCCUCCUCAAUACGACAGUUUGGUGAAGCGGUUGGAGUUUGGACCAGCUCCUCCAAGAGGGGUCUCCCAUGGUCUCCAAUCUCCACAGGGAGGAGUCAAGAUCCUGCUGUGAGAUGGUUUGAUAGGGCGAAGCAUGUCUUCCUCCCUCAACUAAAUAAACACAAUGAGCUCAACUGUCCUCACAGAGGGACUCCUGCUUCCUUCAGCUGAACGCCAGAAAGCUGCUCCCUAGUUAAGAAAGCAGAACCCACUACUCAUCUUUUCAACUGUACGUUUGUUCCUGUAUGGCGUCUAGGACCUUGUUUAUUAGCGCUUUCUGUGAUGGAUCAAAGCACACCUAACUCUUAGUGAAGCUGCUGCACCUGCCUGCUCAUCACGGUGUACGUGAGAGUAAAAGUGGGACAAUGAGCCUUUGCAGGGACCAAAAACCUGCUGGUUUUAGAUUUUAUCAAACGUUUUGUUUUUGACCAAAGCUGUGAUAAAAUGUAAAUGGAUAUAAAUCCAAUGAGUUGGGUUAAUCUGUUAAUAACAAACCCAUUUUGUCCCAUGCUUCCAUUACAUACCCAUCAUCAAACCAUUUUGUAUCAUUUUCAUAGAUCUUUUGAAUUAAAGUCAUUUAAAUAUAUAUAUUUUCUUAAAUGUUUUGUGAUGACUUUAAAUCACCUCUUUUUCUCAUCCCUGCCUGAUCAAACCAAAAUAUUUGCCGGUUAGCUGGUAGAUUGUUUUCAAUAAGUCUGAUGGCAACAUUUCAUUGUAGGAGACGGUGUGAUUUAGUUUUAAAUUCUUAGUUUUCAAAGUGGACAAUUUUGACAAAGUUAAAGGUAUGAUGGGGCAAAGAAUCAGGAUUCAAUAUUUUUUGAUGUAAGCCUGGUCUGUAAUGUUUUCAGUUAAUAAUAUGCCAAUGAAUGAGAGAAAGUAUCAUUCAAAGCUAAUGUGAUGCCAGAUUCAUGGCAUCGAAUCAAGCUUUGGUAUAACUUAAUCUAAAUGGUUUUAUUUCAAACUAAAUUAUUCUCCUCCUGCUGAUAAAAUAUAUACAAAAUAUUGAUGUAACCUUUUACGUAUAUAGACUAAAAAAUGAAUUAAAACAACUAAAUAUAGUUUAUUAGCCUAUUGCACAGAAGGAUAACAAAUCUGUUGGAUAGCAGCAUAUCUUUCAAUUUAUAUUAUAAACUGCAUUACCUUUAAAAAGAACCUUAUAAAGCCCUUACUGCCUGAGUUUGUUUAAAUAGUUAAAGCAGUCUUUUUUUGCCUUCAAGCAGAUGUUAUAAAUAUACAAAAAGUACAUAAGAUAAAGAUACUUAGAUUGCCAAUUAGUUAAAUAAGGCAUAAUUGGGUAGAACUACACCAUGGUGUGUACUAAAUAUUAAAUAUCCCACUUUGGCUGCAUUAAAAACAGACGAUAUGAGGCAGAUUGGCUGCAGUACUCUACAUGUGUGCAUUAUUCUAAUACUUCCAGAAAAUACCUGUUUGGCUAUUUGAACAUAUGUGGUGGCAAAAAAGAAAAGAAGUUGAAAUCAAAACGUUAUGACCCAUCGGUCUCACUGAGGUUACUCUGCUAUACAAAAGUUGGUUCAUGACUCAUGAGGUGUUUUCCACCUGAUUAUCGUACAGUGAGUAAUGGCCCAGGAGUAAUGAAAGGAAAUGUCAUGUUGCCUUUUAUAUUUCUACUCUUCUGUCGUACAUAUUCCUGCUACUACUGAUUAAUUUUAUUGCUCUCCUACUGUGAAGAGUUUUUUUGUGUUUCUGAGGGUUAUAAUUAUCAAUUUCUUAUGUUUAUGCUUUAAUUCUUAAAUUAUAUUUAAUGAUUUUGGGAGACAUCUAUAGAAUUUGGAUGCAAUAUUGAAUGUUUAAGUCUUUUUUAACAUGAUGCAAGAAAAGGAUAACACAAUAUUGUUUAACAGGUUUAAGAUAUGCACCCUUUGAGGUUAUCUAUGUAAUAUUGGACAUUCUUACCGGGAUUGAUCGCUUGAAACGACUUGUUUUAUUUAGGGUUUCUGUAAGGUUAUAAAUCAUAAACUAAACAUGUGUACUUUGUCCCAUUGUUCAUGCAUUCCCUCUUUUUCUCUACUUUUCUUUUUAUGUCCAGCAAUUUCCUUGGAGUAGGAAUUUUGGAUUCAUAAAGCUGUGGUAAAACUAGAGGAUAGCAAAAAGCAGAGGUUCACAUGUUCCAGUAGAAGCUUUGUUGUUUAGCAUCAUUAAAAAAAAGCAAAAACGCAG